UGACUGAUUGCUUUCAUUGCUGUUUAUCAUCAACACCUGAAGUAUUACUUAUUCUUUGUUGAUCCCAUGGAUAUUUGCCGCCCAACAGCAUUGUACUAUCAGUUUGUACAACUUGGAUAAAGCAUGGUUAGAGAUACAGUUUCACUAAGCCAUCACCUCUUAUGCAGCCAUCGUCAACAUCCACCAACACCCGUUUGCCUUGGUAUCUUGACAUUUUACAUCGUACACCGAGAGGACUGCCCUGACAAUAGUAUAGACAUAUCAAAUUAUCUAGCAGUCAAUGCAGAUUAGGGCCCUUUGAGGAUGAAUCAUUCAGACAAAUCGCUAGCAGAAAUGACUCUUGACUUCUGCCUUGCGCGCGCCUAGAACCAGCCCUGCUACCUAGCGCUUCUCCACAAUCGACAAGCCGAUUGCCUGAUUCUCACCAUUUAACAACAGCGACGCAAGAAAGGCAUUGCUCGAGAUUUGCCAGUUCUCCUCUCUCUGACCUCUACCAGCACGAAACUAAUCAGGGAAAAAACCACCAUGGAUCCACCACCUCCCCCUCCACCACCCCAGGCAGCGCCUAUUGCACCCCCGACUCCCCCUCCCCCAACUGUAUCUCCAACAGCCCCUCCGGGCGCCUUCCUCGUUGAACUGAUCAUCUUCAACGGAGCCCCCUUCAAGGACCACUGGGCCUACUGGAUCCACUCCCCCGACAGCCCCGACCUGGGCGUCCAAGUCCACGCCGCGGGGGACGUCUACAACGGUUUCAAGUGCGAAGCCAGACGGAGCCUUGACUUCCGCACUACCACCCCUGUCCCGACAAAAAGGAUCCCCCUGCAGUGGGUCGAGGGAAGGUUCUUCGACGAGAGGGCCAUGCUGAAUGCGGGCUUUUUUUGUGACCACUAUGCGCCUGUCACACACUUUGAGAGUUCUGCGUGGAUAGUUAAACCACCGGGGAAGACGCUGAAUGUGGUUGAUGAUACUGUACCUGCAACGAGCGUGGGCAGGAAAAUCAGCCAGCGCAACUGCCAGACGUGGAUUAUUGAGUCAGCGGAACAGCUUGUCAAGGACAAUAUAUUGAGCAGAGAAGUAGCUGAUUAUCUGCGGGCUAUUGAGCAGUGACCUGGUGUACACAGAGUGAGGGUGAGGAGACACAUAACAAAGAAUCUUUUCGUUUCAUGCUUGUCGGAGUGCAAGAUCGAUUCAUCCUGUAUUGUAUAGCACUUAGUACUGUUGCCUCUUGUCAAAAAACAUACUAGGUUAACUAUGGCAGUGAAUGCGAUAUACAAGAGGAUUCCAUGCC